AUGGCGAUAGAAGUGGGCAAUGCGACUGUCGCGGCACAGCCAACGCGCCAGCCCUCUCGAUAUCGAUCCGCGCGGGAAGGGACUCAUACUGUGACGGGACAUGGAAGUGGGGUAGCGAUCAAAGAUGAAGGAGUGGCUCAUUCUGCUAGGCAUGGAAGCACCCAGUCAAGUGAGACCAAUCCGUCUAUUGCCAGAAGUAUGUCUCGGUACCGGCGCAAUCGACCCUCUGCUAGCAACACCUCGGGGUCUACCCCCGCCGUUCCGAAUCUCGCACAAGUCCAGGAAGCUCACCUUUCUGGCAAAAUGAACGCUACUUGCACUGCAGACGAGGAGCUCAUGCGAGAAAAACACAGACUAGAUGCGAUGGAGCAGUUGACCGGGGGAGCGCAGGUAGAGACUAAACAUUCAUAUUGGUCGCGGUCUUCUCAACCUCAACCGCAGAAAAGACGGUCAACAAAUGCAAGCAAAGAGAAGGCAACGCCGAUGCAAACACACGAAACACCCGGGGCUCGACCCACCUCAAACCCUCCUGUAACAGGGGAGCGCAAGUCUUUACUCCAGAAAGUCAAGCUAUCUAGAGCUAAAGAGCCCCACAAAGACCAGUCAAGACCAAAUUACAUCGGCGUGGGAGGAGGAGGUAUUGUUCCUGGAAUAGAUGCUCCCAUCUCAGCUAUCAAUGCCGGAGAGCGUCAUGUUCGCGUGCAAUACAGCGAUAGUUGUGUCACCUUGACAAUCACCCCUUCCACCCUCGUCUCAGACUUGCUCUUGUCGGCUGCGGAACACUUUCCUGAGAUUGACCCAGAGAAAUUUAUCUUGCGUGAAUCAUUCCAGAAACUCAGUCUGGAGCGGCCCCUGCGUCGGUAUGAGCAUGUUCGAGAUGUCAUGAACUCCUGGGCACGGGAUAGCGACAACGGUCUCAUUGUCAUUCCACCUUCCGGCAUGGAUGCCCUCAAACAAGUGAAUCCUCCACAAUUUCCAAGCGAUCAACCUGGUGACACUACGUUUUACAUUUACCAUUCUCAACGGCGCCAUAAAUGGGACAAACGGUAUGUCACUUUGCGUGCGGAUGGUCAAAUUUUCAUCUCGAAGAAACAAAACUUGAAAGACCACACGAAUAUUUGUCACUUGUCCGACUAUGAUAUCUACUCUCCCAGUGCACGAGCGAUUGCCAAAGAACUCAAGCCCCCCAAGAGAAUCUGCUUCGCUAUCAAAAGCCAGGAGAAAUCUUCCAUGUUCUUAUCGAGUGAUAAUUUUGUGCACUUCUUCUGUACCAAUGACCGGACGUUGGCCGACCAGUGGUACCAAACUGUUCAGCAAUGGCGGAGCUGGUAUCUCAUGCAAAAAACGACGGAAGUCAUGCAGUCUGCUGGCAAUGAAGCGCCUCGCCCAACACGUACUAUGACCAGGAGAGCCGAGCCGAACCCUUUCAAUGAUGGUCCCCUGGUGGAUAGGAUCCCCAGUGAUGCAGAGCCACUUUCCAGGGUACGACUAUCAGUGGACCAGCACCGGGCUCCCAAUAUCAAGCACGAGUUUCCCGAAAUGUUGAAAUUGAACAUUCACGCUCAAGACGAUGAACCGCUAGUACAAGGAAUUAGUACCGAAGAAAUAGAGGCCGAGACCUUUUCGCCCUCGGGACUGCUAGGACGCGCCUAUACCGAGAGGCACCGAUCCAUGCGUGAGCGACAGGAAAAUGAAAAGAGAAAGCAAAAUGCCGCCUUGUCUCCAGGCCUGAGUGAGGCUGUGCCCCCCGCAUACACCCCCGCAUCGAACAGCAGCAUGCUCGACCGCAGCAAGUCACUUAGCCAAAAGGGCAAACCUCUUAUCGACCUGACGCCGGUCUUCCAAGAACAGCCACAGCACACCCGCAAAGGCCGCGGCGUCACCGUCGAGCCCGGUAUGGCUCUGAUCGACGCAGCCACAGGCCCUGACCUCUUACCUAGCAGUAUGGCCAUCCCGCCAGCAGUUGCAUGGCGACGCCCGUCAGUCCCAUCGGUCGAGGUCCCUCCGAUUCCACAGGCUCGACACCGAGCCAAGUCCAUCCGCAGCGUGCGCCCUGCCCAGCCCAAGACAGACUCUAAUUCUGCAAACCAUAGCCCCAGUUCACCCGCUGUUCCGUUCUUGCCUAACAGUCUUCUUGCGAAUGUCCCCAAAGCAAGUCCUAUCCAAGGACAACCCAUUGGCCAUGGUGUUGCGACGGGUGAUCGCAAUGCUACGCGGCCGAUGCUGGAUAUGUCUCCGGAAAACCCUUUCGCGGAGGGCAGCUUGCUUCGCAAAUUAUGA